AUGAACCGUUACGCCGGGCAUGCACAAUCGGGUAGUUCUUCACACCAUCCUCAUCAGAGAUAUCCAAGUGGACCAACUGGGGACGUCGAUUUUUCAAUUCCCGUUUCCCAAGCAAAUGGUCCCUUGCGUCCCACUAAUGAAACAAAAAGAGGAGGGCAUGGUGAUUGGUCCCGAGGAUGUGCUGGUUGGCGUCAACGUUCUUACAGUGGUAGUGAGCAAUCUGAUGUCUUCUAUUAUAACCACUCCAAUCACCGAGGUCGUGGUAAUGGGCAUCCAUCCAAUGAAGUUGAUGGAAAUACGGGACGUGGACGUGGUCGAGGGCGUGGUUCAGGUCGUCAAGGUUUGACACAUCGAGAACCUGUUGGUGGUCAGUCACAAACUUCAGGCAGUAAUGCUUGUCGACCUGCCAGUUGUUUAGUUGAUACUCCUGGAGGGCAAUUAGUUCAACAAACCAAAAAUGGGAGGAUUUACUCCAAAUCGUUUUGUAGUGACCCACCUCCUGGUUUCGACUUACCAAUUCAUGAUAAGCCUACCAGUGAGUCAUCAUCUUCAAUAACUUGUCAAAAAGAAGACGUUUUUAUUGAUAAUAAUGAUUCAAUGCCUAUUCAUCAUUGUCAUCUUGUGGAUGAUGAUUCUUCGAAGAAUUCUACACAAAUGAAUUCUAAACAAUCUAUUAUACAUCCUUGUAAUUGGUAUUAUAUUGAUCUAUUUACAUGUACUCAAGGUCCAUUUACAAAUCAACAAAUGAGUACAUGGCUUGUUGGUGGUUAUUUACCAUUAGCUUUAAAAAUACGUCGUGAUUGUGAUGAAUGUUUUCUUAGUUUAGCUGAUCAUAUGAAUUUAGCUGGACGCAUUCCAUUUUGGACUGGCUACAAUCAACCACCUAUUACACAUGCGAAUUUACCAUCACUUUCUGUAUUAAACAAUAAUAAUAGUAGUAAUCAGGUAUUAACACACUCAACUAUUAUCACCAACCAAAUAUCCUCCUCAACUCCACCAGGUAUUACAAAUCGUAAAACAGAUUGCGUAACUUCACUUCAACAAUCCACACUACCAACAUUUGAUGAAGAUACAACUCAGCUUCAAAACAAAGGAGAUGUUAGUGUUUCUGAUGGUGAUAAAACUCAGGUAACAAUCGAUAAUGAUUCAAUAUCGUUGAAUAUGUCAACACUAUCAUCAAACACUAUAUCAUCUCCUGUAACUGAUUAUUCAGAAUCACAAACAAUCAAUAAUUCAUCUUCAUUUACUGGAAUCAAUGAUAAAGCAUUAUUAGAUUUAUAUAAUGAAGCUAAAAAUAUUGCAUUACAUACAUCUAAAAUUGAAGCAGAACGUUUAAUAUUAGCAAAUAAAUUAGCUGAAAUUAAUAGUACUACAGCUAAAUUAUUAUCCAAUUUACGUCCAACCCAAUUAAGUUCUACAUUAACUGAAUCAUUAAUUCGAACAACAAAUGCUGUACAAACUGAAUUAGCACGUAUCCUAGAACCAUGUAUUAGUGAUGAUAAUAAAAAUACUACACUUACUACUACCUUCUCCAAUACUAUUGACGAUGGUCAUCCCGAUGAUGGUAAUGAUAAUGAUGAUAAUAAUAAUAUCAAAACUGAUAAUGACGUUAGCUCAGCCAUUCUCAAUGAUUAUAGUAAUAGCAUAAAUGUUGUUUCAUUGACAAAAUUCUCAACAUUAUCAUCUUUAGGAAUAGAAUUUACUGAAUCAUUAUCUACACUAACAACAUUUGAUAAUAUUCAUCAUAAUGAAAUUCAUUCAACGAAUGAUAAACAAAUUUUUAUAGAUAGAAAAUUAAAUACAAAUGAUGUAGAUAUUGAUAAUGAGCUUCCUUUAGAUUCAACAAUGAACAAUCAUGAACGCAAUCAUACUAGUCAACAUACGAAUAAUGAUGCAUAUGUCGGUAACAACAAUGUUGUUGUUGAUGAUGAUGACGAUGAUAAUGAUAAUGAUAAAAAGUAUCAACAACUUGAAUCAAUAGAAAAACUAAUCCCUGAAGGUGAAAUUACCGUACCAUUGACUUCAAAUAGUAAUAAUCAUGAACAAGAAACAUCAACAACUACGAAGAAAUCUAGACGUAAAAAUAAGAAAGCUAAUAAAAAAUUAACACCAGACGAAGUACGUCAAUUAGCUUGGGAGUCAGAAUUCAAUCGUCGUAAAGCUGCCGCAUUAGAACAAUCAUUAGCUGAAGAAGCAAGACUAAAAAAAUUGGCCGAAGAAGAGGCAAUUGCUAUAGCUGCAGAAAAAGCUUUAGCUGUACAAGAGAAAAAUCGCCUUCUUGUUGAACAGCGUAAACGUGAAAUAUCACGUCUGAAAGCAGAUAGUGAAUUGGCUCAGACUGCUCCAAUAGAUUUACGUUCUAUUCAAGCUUCUCAAGCCGCUGAAGAGGCUAAAAGAAAAUAUCAUGAUGCAUUAAUGUCUGAACAAGUUGCUGUGUUGAUAGCAGCUGAAGCAGUUUCUCCAUCAACAAAAACUCCACUUUCAUGGUCUCAAAUCGCUAAAUCGGAUACGACAUCUUUAACACCUAUAAAUCCAUGUAUAUCAAAGAAUGAUAAAACAACUGAACGUUCUAAAUGUACUGUUGCUAUAUCAUCUAGUAGUAAUAAUAAUGGUCCAAUACAGAAAUCCAUUAGUUAUUCAUCGAAUAGUAAUAAUACUUCAUCUUUAACACAGUUGGAUUAUUUAAAAAUCACUUCAUCACCAAAAAUAUCCCUAAAUAACAAUAUAACUUCUGCUGCUACUUCCACAUCUGUCUCAUGUACACCGAAAGUGAAUAAUACAAUUGUUAAGUCAGUGACUACAACAACAGCAAAUAUACCUUCAAUAUGGGAUCUACCUCAAUUCAAAAAGAAAAAAAAAAAUCGUGAAGUUUCUUUAUUUCCUGCUAAAGAAGAACUUGCCCAUUGGUGUGAAUCUCAACUGUCUUCCAUUCCUUUGUCUGGAGUUGAUUUGCCUACUUUAGUGGAUUUAUUAUGUGAACUACAAGCUACAGAUGAAAUACUAGAAUUUAUUGAAAAUUCAUUGGGACGAUCAAAGCGUAUAUCACAAUUCUCCAAAGAUUUUUUACAAAAACGUUCAUUUCUUCAUCAAUAA